AUGUCUCAAGGUCCUCAAGUUGAUUUGUUAAAUUUGGAGAAUACAACAAGAGAGAUUAUGUAAAUGCCGCUAACAAAUAAAUUUUUUAAGAAAUUCGAAACUGAGUUUGUAGCAGAACCUUGGGAUGCCCCUAUUAGUCCUGUAAAAAAAAGCAAUUAAAAAACCAAAUUGAUAACAUUUAAAUAUCCAAUAUCUCGUAUUCAAGCUAGAUAAGUAACUACAGAAACACCAAUUACACCUUAAAAACCUAAUAGUUGUUAGCAAAAGAAUUUCUUUGUAGAUCUAGGAAUACCUGCUCAUAAUUCUAGUCAUCCUAAAAUUGUGUAAAGGAUUAUUAUAACGACACCGCAUAAAUCUUCUAGAAAAAACUCAACUAGUCAAUAUCGAUAAAAAUGUAUAUAGAGUAUGUUGUAUGCUUAAAAAUAAAAUAGUUAAUUAUAAAAUAUUGUACAUUAAACAAGCGAUUACUUUAAUUUUAUAUCGUAAAUAAAUCCUGUCUCUUAAAAACUUAAAACAAAUAAAGAACCUUUAUUUAAAAACUGUAAAUUUAAAUUAAAAAACUUGUUAAAAUGA